AUGGCAAUGAGAAUCGCACCUCCAGCUGGCCAUUCCACCAGCCAUUCCCACCUGUCCGCAAAAUCCCUCGGUGCCCCCUCCGCCCCGGGCCUCCAUGACACCCUCCGCUCAGGCAUCGGUCCCUCCCUCACCACCCAAAUAACAACCACCUCCUCGCCCUCCGCUAUCCCAGACUCCACCCACCCGCUGGAGUCGCGCCUCAAGAAGUGGGAAGAGACGCAGGACGCACUGCGCAUGGAAGGCUAUCGCCGCACGUUUGGGAUCAGCGAGCCGAUUCGACGGGGUAUGGAGCUGAAGAUUACGAGAGAGGGGGAGUGGAGACCCGCGUGUCUGGGUGGAGGGCUGGAACGGGGUGUGCAUGAGGAAAUUUUGAGGGGGAGUUUGGAGACUGUGACGUGGGAGGAUGUAUUUAGGGGCGAGGAGAUGAGGGGGGUGCCGGGCUUUCAUGAGGAGGUUGAGAGGAAGGUUCGGAUGCAGUAG